CUACUAUCACACCCGCUAUGCGGCGAAAAGCAUGUAAUCUUAUGGGACAAACCAACCUAGAAGUUGACGACAAGUGCCCAUUUGGCAAUGAGUGCGAGGUGAUUUGCUAUGAGGCCAAAAGUCAGUGCAAAACAUCGAGGGACACAAAGCGCUACCGCAUUACAAACGUUGAAUGUGGCGCCGGCAAGCAAUGCACAUCAUACGGCUGCUGCCACGACACACCCCCUACUCAACCCCCACCGCCAACUCCCUCAACACAUAAACCAACGCCCAUUACACUGAGUACCACUACAGUCAAACCCGAUUAUGAGUGCCCGGCCAUUGCGGGCGACUACAGGGACGACAACGACCCGCACCGGUACUAUAGUUGCCACGAGCUGGAGCUACAGGAGUUCACGUGCGCCUACAACGAGUACUUCAACGACUAUUCCGAUGUGUGUAAAAUAGAUUACCGGUUUUAUAUCGGGUGCAACGGUCAGGUGGGUUGGCAUCGUAACCCAUACGACUGUCACUCGGCCUACUGGUGCUACCAAAUUGGCGGCGACCCCACCGGCCAUAUAUACGGUCCGGUGUUUUACGAGUGCGCCAACGAUACAAGUGGUCACCCUAUGGUGUUCGACGAGGCGCUGGAGACCUGCGCCCCGGAGAUGGACACCGAUCCCUGUCAUGACAAACCCCUGCCCGACAUUAUCCACGUGCCAACCCCUGACCCAACACCUGCACCUACUCCAGCCCCUACUCCAGCCCCUACUCCAGCCCCUACCGCAGGCCCUACUACUGUCACACCAACCCCUACCAAGACUCCGACCCCUACCCCAACACCCGGACCCAUACACUACGAAGAGUAUAUCAAGUGCGGUGCCGAUGGUUGGGCUGAUAAGAUUGGUUACUACGCCAACCCAUACGACUGUCACCAAUACUACCGGUGCUGGACCUUUGAGGAGGCGUCCAUUGGCGCCCUCAACACCCAAUACGGUCUCUGCCCUCUCGACGAGUCCCACAAUCGCCUGAUAUGGGACCAGACUCUCGACCCGCCGUCCUGUCGGCGCCAAACCGAGAUUGACAUAUGCCGUCAACAGCCGCUACCGGCUGUCACCCCAUACCCACUGCCGCCCACUUGGCGACCACCGACUGUAAAAGCCUUGUCCUGUGCUGAUAGGGAGGGUAUAUUUGCCCACCCGGACGACUGUCACCGUUACUACACGUGUUAUCGUAACGAUGAUAACAACACCCCCUCCGCCCAGGGCUUGAAGCUAACGGUAUACGACUGUCCGUCGGAUACGGAGGGCCGACAAAUGGUAUGGCAGGCGGGCUGUAGGGUUGCCAACCCGUACGAGACCGGGUGCCCGGAGUUGGGUAAUAGUACACAAGCACCGGGUGGUAGCGAAGGUGCGACGAUUAACCCGUUGCAUUUGAUUAAUGCUGAACGUGAAACUGAUGAUCAGUUAUUGGCAAUGUAUGAGCGGACUGUCCGGUGCACUGGUGGUGAGGCUCUGUAUCGCAAUCCCUAUGACUGCCACCGCUUUUACCGGUGCUUUCAAAUGGGUGUUGAGUUUUACCGGUGCUCUGAGGGUAUGGUGUUUGACGAGACGGUGUAUAAGAGUUGUAUAUUACCGGCCGAUGGGUUUGUGUGCGAUAAUAUACCGGUGCCGCCGGCCCUGGAGGUGACCGCCCAU